UUGAAGACCAAGCAGCGUCAAGUCGCCAUGACGACCUUGUAGUUCUUCUCACUUUCUGUUCGGCUUUACAAUUAUUUAUUUAUUUUUUUUUACUCGCUGACGUCACCCCCCUUGUUGUUGUUGUUGUUGUUGUUGCCGGUGAAUGAUCGUGAUGCCCGCCGGGAUGUUCAGCAUCGACAGAAUCUUGUCCGGCCGGCCGAGCAGCUGCAAGGAGCCGCUGCUGCUGCACCGGAGCGGCCCGCUGGUGCUACCCGCCAACGACGCCGUCUACGCCGCCGACUACAACGGACUGUACGCGGCCACCUGUGGCGGACCCCCGCUGGCCGGAGUCCCGUCUGUGGGCGGCAGCAGGCUGGCCUACAACGGCUUGUACUACGGACACAUGCACGGACUGCCGGCUUGCUGCGGCGCCGUGCACGGCCUGGGCCCGCAACACUGUCCCUGCAUGCCGCCCGCAGGCUACGAGGGUUCGGUGCUGGUGUCUCCGGUCCCGCAGCAGCUGAUGUCCUACGUCAACAUGAGCAGUUUGUCCCGCAGCGAGCUGCAGCUCCUCAACCAGCUGCACUGUCGCAGGAAGCGGCGACACAGGACCAUCUUCACCGACGAGCAGCUGGAGGCCCUGGAGGGGCUCUUCCAGGAGACCAAGUACCCGGAUGUCGGGACCCGCGAGCAGCUGGCCCGCAAGGUGCACCUCCGGGAGGAGAAGGUGGAGGUUUGGUUCAAAAACAGACGCGCCAAAUGGAGGAGGCAGAAAAGAUGUUCUUCUGAGGAGCCGUCAGAGAACACGUGGAACAAAACAAGCAAAACCCCCGCGGGGAAAAACCAACACAGUAAAAGUGAAGUGGAGUCCGACAGCUGAUUAGUACACAACAUGCACUGUAAAAUAUUACAAUACACACACACUAUCAUGUAUGUGCACUGUGAAAUAUUACACAAGACAUACACUAUCAUGUAUAUGUACUGUAAAUUGUUACAAAACAUAUACUGUUAUGUAUAAGUAUUCCAUAAGAAGCCACCUAAAGUGUUCAAGUGUUGAAUUCAUUCCCACAAAGUAUAGAAAUUCUUCAUCAUAAUUACAUUAUUUUCAUAGCUCGAGCUUAAAAAGAGUUGUUGACAACCUUUUAAGGACAUUUUUAACAUUAUUAUUCUGAUGUAGUAACGCUGACUGAGCCUGAGCCAAUCAAUGGCCACGAUACUGAACAAGUUUGGUUCAGUCUAUAUCAGUAGUCACCAACCUUUUUGAAAGCAAGAACUACGAAGGGCUACCAGUUUGAUACACACUUAAAUAAAUUGCCAGAAAUAGCCAAUUUGCUCAAUUUACCUUUAACUCUAUGUUAUUAUUAAUAAUUAAUUAUAUUUAUCUUUGUGGAAACACUGGUCAUCUUAAUGAUUUCUCACAAUGAAUAUAUAUGGAAACAGAUAAAUAUCAAACAAAAAAAGGGGGUAUUUCUGUAUGUCAUUCCGUCGAACGUUUUUUUUUCCUUCUACGGAAGGUUUUUUGUAGAGAAUAAAGGAUGAAAAAAACACUUAAUUGAACGGUUUGAAAGAGGAAACAUUUUUUGAAACGUAGUUUAUAGGGGUGUGGGAAAAAAUCGAUUCGAAUACGAAUCGAGUCGUUUACGUUGUGUGAUUCAGAAUCGAUUCUCAUUUUUAACAAAUCGAUUUUUUAUUUUUUUUUAUUUCAAACACUUUUUUUUUUAAUCAAUCCAACAAACCACUACACAGCAAUACCAUAACAAUGCAAUCCAAUUCCAAAACGGAACCUGAGCCAGCAACACUCAGAACUGCAAUAAACAGAGCAAUUGAGAGGAGACACAAACACCACACAGAACAAACCAAAAGUAGUGAAACAAAAAUGAAUAUUAUCAACAACAGUAUCAAUAUUAGUUAUAAUUUCAGCAUAGCAGUGAUUAAAAAUCCCUCACUGACAUUAUCAUUAGACAUUUAUGAAAAUAAUAAAAAAGAACAAUAGUGUCACAGUGGCUUACACUUGCAUGGCAUCUCAUAAGCUGGACAACACACUGUGUCCAAUGUUUUCACAAAGAUAAAAUAACUCAUAUUUUUGGUUCGUUUAAUAGUUAAAACAAAUUUACAUUAUUGCAAUCAGUUGAUAAAGCAUUGUCCUUUACAAUUAUAAAAGCUUUUUUUUUUUUUUUUUAGAUCUACUACUCUGCUAUAAUGUCAGCAGACUGGGGUAGACGCUGCUGAAAUUUAUGUAUUGAAUGAAUACAGAAUCGUUUUGAAUCGGAAAAAUAUCGUUUUUAAAUCGAGAAUCAAAUCGAAUCGAAAAAAUCGAUACAUUAUCGAAUCGUGACCCUAAGAAUCGAUAUUGAAUCGAAUUGUGGGACACCCAAAGAUUCACAGCCCUAAUAGUUUAUCUUCAAUUUCGACUCAUUAAAAUUCAAAAUUCUACCGAAAAAAAGAGAAGAAAAACUAGCUAAUUUGAAUCUUUUUGAAAAAAUUAAAAAAAGAAUAUAUGGAACAUCAUUAGUAAUUUUUCCUGAUUAAGAUUAAUUUUAGAAUGUUGAUGACAUGUUUUA